AUGCCUCAACAACCUCCUUUACCCAAUCAAUUACCACCUCAAAUUUCACAAGAAUUUCUUGAACAAUUUUUAUAUAGGUUUUUGGAUGCAGAUAAUUUUAUUUAUAAUUUAAUUAUUCAAUCAAAUUUAGAUCCUAAUCAAAAAUUGUUAUUGCAAAGAUGA